AUGGAGCCGGCAUCUUCAUGGCAGCUAUUCAAUACUUCGUGGACACUUCACCGUCUUUCACCUCUGCACCAUGGCAAGGAUUGCGAGACGCUCCUUGACAACCCGGCAGCCUUAACGACCUAUGCUACCCGAUUGCGCGAACAACUUACAGGCAAUGUCCUAGCCGGCCUUCAUGUUGCCGCCAGCGCCGCAGAUGACGAUGCGCUUUCCAAGACUGGAGCGCUCCAAGAAUGCCACUGGCAAUCAUUCUCCACCGAUUCUUCGCCGGACAGCGAGGCGCGUGCUGGCAUCGUGUUUCCUGGAAUCUUGAUCACAUUGGUGUACGAGAACAUCAGCUACAAAGCUGCCCUUCUUGCUGAGAGUCUCUCAAGUGCCCAGAAUGGCAAGGGCUCGACGCUGCUACCGUUAUUGCUGACCAAACUUCCCACUGCAUUGCGGCAGACGUUCAUCACCUUCCUAUCUGCAAAUUUCGACACGUACUGCUCCAAUCUCCGUCUCCCGCCUUCUUUGCUCUGCAAAGGACUGGUGAUUUUUGUGGACGAGCUGCGUGGUACACGAGGGUCUCGCGGUCGUUCUGUGGCAGACCAUAUGGUCGAAGAAGUUAUGAAAGAGCUACAGCUUACCCUAGCAUUCUCCUCGUCUAUCGCACCGUCCCUGCGGACUCUCAAUAUCGGUAUACCGCGUACAUCAUUGACUGACUUCCUGCAAGAUGAACCAGGUAACCCCAAGGGGCGUUCGCUCAAGCAGAAGCUGCGGAGCCCAUUGGUUUCAAACCUCACUGCUUAUCUGGAGACUCACCUGGCCAUGAAGCUGGACCUGGAUGGCUUGUCCCAGAAUGAAGUGGCAAAGCAGCAUGUGCGGCUCUCGAAGGUUGCCUGCGCUUCUUUUGUGCUCGGGAGUGAAGGGCGCAUGAAGUUGGUUGUGGACGCACGGCUGGCUGAGGGCGACGAAGGCCAAGAUUCGCCUAUCUUCCGCGCAGGUGAGGCCUUGCUGCAAACGGUGAUCGGCAAAGCAGUAAUUGGCGAUCAAGAGCGUACAUGA